ACGGAAAGUCAGACCACUGCACUUCUUGCACUUUUGUCUUCCUGUUUCGACUGAUUAUCGCGGUUGUAUAUUUUCAAGAAACAGCCCUCGCCAUGACUGCUGUUGCCAUUGGUUUUGUCGACCUUGGGGCCCAAGGCAGGAGGGGGCACUGCUGGAUUCCUGCGUCAGUGUCACCCAACUGGCGCGUGCCUGGCUUGUUCCUUCCUAGAGAAAGCAAACUACGGAUCCACCGCGCGCAAGAAAAGAGACCGGAGGAAGGAGUCGGGGCAAUGGUCGGUUUCGGGGAGGUGAAGACAACUUCCGUCCGGAGACAUACUUUCAUACUCCGCUUUACGGAAUCUACCGCCGUCCAGUGACCGGCAUCACGUUGACCAUAAGCAGGAGGAGAAAACAGAGAAGUUGAUUGGCCUUGGACGCCAUCUCUUCUUGUAAAAGUGGAAUAAUACUGCCCCACUUCUACCCACGAAGGGAAUGGAGAUCGCUCGCGAAGGUGACCCGCCGUAAGAUCCAUCUCAUGUACUUAAGUACUCGACCUACUUGAAGGAGUAAAAUGCUUGCUCCCAGUACAUACCGCGCCCACGGGCUUGGUUGUAUUGUACAGGUUCAUCCGAAAAUGAGGACGGAGAUCUGACCAUCCGAUUCCAUAAACCCACUAUCCCAUAUCAUCCAUCGGGCAAUCGCAUCACAUGCACCAUAGCAUUUUCACAUAGCGUCACAUAACCAUAUCAGCCGGAACCAAGACAAGACAAACCGACAUGCAUCUCCUGCAUCUCCGCCUGCCCUACCGGGCCCCGUCUCUCUACCCUCCCUACGCCCUAGCCUCACGCCUGCAAGACCACCUCCGCCGCUCCCUCCUCGACCUCAAGGACAACCGUCCGGGCUCGAAACCCUACACGCCAACGAUUAUCUCCUUUACCCCCUUGCCCACCUACACUUUAGGCCGGCGCCAAGCCAGUCCACUCACCGGUGAUGAAGCAACACGUCUAUCAGCGCCCGUGUAUUACCCAUCUUCACCCUUAGCUUCGGGGGGGUCGUCCCCAUUAAUGUCAGCACCAAUUCAACGAAUAGAUGGGGAACACGGAACAGUCAAACUCCCAGUCUCAAUCCUUCACUCCCCCCGUGGCGGCCUAACCACCUACCACGGCCCAGGGCAAGUCGUCCUCUGGCCCAUCUUGGACUUGAUUUCGUCUCAACACAACAAGUACACAGUGCGGUGCUACACGCGUCUCCUAGAGAAAACGACCAUUUCCACUCUUUGGAAAGCGUUUGGUAUCCAUUCUUUCACGACGGACGAUCCGGGGGUUUGGGUUAGGAGUGGGGCUGCUUGGGCACCAUCACCAGAGGAGACCGGGGAGGGGGAGAAGACGGAGAAGGAAGAGAAGGGGGAGGCAUGUGCGCUGGCUGGAACUACUGAGAAGUCUUUUGUAGGUGAGGAUGAGGGUCCGUUAGCCAAAGUCGCCGCCUUGGGCGUCCAUCUCCGCCGCCACGUCUCCGGUCUCGGUACGGCCAUCAACGUAGACAUGCCCGGCCCGGAAGUCACGAGGGAGGCACUCAAUCCGUGGGCGAGGUUUGUGCCAUGUGGCUUGGAGGGGAAGACGGUGACGAGUGUUAGGGGGGAGUUGGACAAGGCCAAGGGUAAUCCGCAGGCCACGCAAAGGUAUGAGGGGAUGCUGAACCCGCCUGCUGUGGCGGGUGCUUGGGCGGAGAACUUAGCGAGGAAUAUUGGGGUUGAGGAGGUGAAGACGGUGGGGGAAGAUGAGGUGGUGAGCUUAUUGGAGGAAUUGGUUAGUGGGAAGGCCACACAAGAGGAGGUGGGAGAGGAGGAGAGGGAGUUUGUGAGGCUGAUUAGGGAGCAAUUGGAUCGGGAGGGAGAGAGGGGGGCGGGAGGGGAAUCUGACGGUGGGAAGUAGGAAGCAGGGGGGGAUUUUUACUUUCUUCUCGUAGAUGAAGGCCAAUAUCGUACAGAACGAACUCAAAUUCACGCAUAUAAAAGAAUUAGAGUGAUUCAGAGGGGAAAAAGAAAGGAAAGAAAAAAAAAAAAACGCAUAGCGUUGUAUCUACAUAUGUACAUGAUUUACAACCGCUUGUGACUAUGACAAAAUAAAUGGUAUUGUGCCAAUCAACGGUGGACAAGGAU